UUGGCAGAUUUUUUAACGGGAGCACGAAGCGAACGUCCGUCGUGCGAGAAUGAGUUUCUCGGUGAAAAAGGACGUGAUCGAGGAAGGAGACACGGUGAUCCUGUACGUGAACUUCAACUCCAUCCACGCCCUCCGCGCGCAGCGCCACAAGCGGAACAAGAAGGGCGAGGAGGUGGAGCACGUGUUCCAGACCUCCUUCGGGGCCCUGCCCGUGAAGCGACUCAUCGGGCUGCGGUACGGGUCCAGGGUGGAGCUGCCGAGGGGGUACGUCCAUGCGAUGCAUCCGACGCCGGAGCUGUGGACGAUGGCGCUGCCGCACCGGACGCAGAUCAUCUACACGCCGGAUAUCAGCUUGAUCGUGCUCAAUCUCGAUCUGAGGCCGGGGUCUGUCGUCUGCGAGGCCGGUACGGGGAGCGGCUCCCUGUCGCACGCCCUCAUCCGCCGGAUCGCCCCGUCGGGGCACCUGCACACGUUCGACUUCCACGCGCAGCGGGUGGAGAAGGCACGGGAGGAGUUCGGGGAGCACGGACUGUCGGAGUGGGUGAGCGUGGGGCAGAGGGACGUGUGCGAGGAGGGGUUCGGGGUGGAGGGGGUGGCGGAUGCGGUGUUCCUGGAUCUGCCGAGGCCGUGGACGGCGGUGGGGCACGCGGUGAAGGCGCUCAAGCGGUCCGGCGGCCGAAUCUGCUCGUUCUCCCCCUGCAUCGAGCAGGUCCAGAAGACCUGCACCGCCCUGCGCCUCGCCGGCUUCACGGACCUCACCACGUCCGAGUGCCUCCAGCGGGACUUCCUGGUCAAGACCUUCCUCCCCCCCGCCUGGCCCUGGGGGCCGACGAAGAUCGAUGGGAAGGAGGCUGCGGCGAAAGGGCUUGUUUCGUCUCGGGAGGAUGGAGCGGCGGAGGUUUCGCUGCCGAAGAAGAGGAGGGUGGAGGAGGGGGUGACGGGUGACGAGAGGGUGACGGAUGGGACGGACCGGAGGAUCAGGGUGGCGGUGCCGCAGUUGAAGAUGCCGGGUCACACGGGGUAUCUCACCUUCGCGACGCUGCUUCCAGGGAGAGUGUCCUUCGUCCCGGAAGAAUCCUCCGUCCGGGAAGAGUCUUCCGUCCGGGAAGAGUCUUCCGCCGUGUGCGAAAUGAAUUCUGUGGAGAGUGAUGAGAGGUGAGAAUAGAAUGUUGUUUUUGAUGGG